GCCGCGUCUAUGGCUCUUUGUGCUGGCAGGGAAGCCUACCACAGCCUUCAGCUUCUAGAGCUCGGUCGCGGAAUAAUUAUGGGAUUUACAAUCGACCCAAGGUCGGAAUUUUCAGAACUUGGAAAGGACCAUCGGUUUGAAUUCCAUCAACCCCAUCGCCUCCCUGCUGAGAUAGACUCGCCAAUAGAUGGAAUAAAUGGCGCAAGCUUCGAGCGGCCCGAUCAAGCCCAAAAUCGUGUUGGAUCCAGGCAUUGGGAUGCCGUAAAGGAGAUGGAUGUAAUUCUGGAUCGCAUCCGGACGUUCCCCGGAUAUUGCGGGUUCCUGCUCCCACCACCCCUGGAGGAUCUGAUGAAACUAGCAGAAAAUGGCCCCCUUGUUGUCUUCAACUGCACUCCCCAUAGGAGUGACGCCAUAAUCGUAACCACCUCAGGGAUAACUUCCUUAGAACUUCAGAAAUUG